GUGUGUCAAGAUUUCCAAAUCAGUAUAUAGAGCACUCAUCAGUUUUGUCAGACACAUCUGAGCAAGAAAUAUGCACGGAUUAACCGAGCCAAACAUGAUAUGGACAACAGAUCUGAGCAAUCUGGUCCUGGCGGUGGAUGCCAUCACCCUGAUCGCAGGUGUUCCUGCCAACCUGCUGGCUCUCUACACCUUCAUUCAAAAGGUGAAGCAGCGAUGUAUGCCCAUCGAUGUGCUCUUGCUCAGCCUCACCAUCUCAGACCUGAUCUUCCUUUUCUUCCUUCCGUUCCGCAUGAAAGAGGCGGCCGACAUGAAAUGGACCCUGACCUACUUCCUGUGUCCACUUUCAGGGUUCUUCUUCUACACAACCAUUUACAACAGCACCUUCCAUUUAACAGCUAUCAGUGUGGAGCGUUAUCUGGGAGUGGCCUUUCCAAUCAAGUACAAACUCAAGCGACGUCCUCGAUAUGCCGUGAUCGCUUGUGUCAUAUUCUGGGUGGUUUCCAUGGCCCAUUGCAGUAUUGUCUACAUUAUGCAGUACUAUAGGCACAAUAAUGAAAGUUUCACUAAUCCAGUCAACAAGGAGGUCUGCUAUGAGGAGUUUAGCAAUGAACAGUUGAACAUCCUUUUGCCGGUCCGUUUGGAAUUGUUCCUCGUGCUGUUCUGCACCCCUUUUAUCAUCUGCAGCUUCUGCUACAUCAGAUUCAUCCACAUUCUCUGCCACUUACCUAACAUCAAACCUAAGAAGCGCUUCAGGGCCAUUGGGCUUGCCCUAGCCACCCUCCUGGUCUUUAUCAUCUGCUUCAUGCCUUACAAUGUGUCCCAUGUUGUAGGUUAUAUUAAAUGGGAGAGUCCUGCUUGGAGAGUGUACGCACUGCUCCCCAGCACCCUGAAUGCCUGUUUGGACCCCCUCGUUUUUUAUUUUUCCUCUUCAGCACUUCGGGGGACUUUAAAACACCUGAUACAAGGAUCCAACAAGCGGAGGCACCCCUCCUGCUGCCGGAAUUUCCUCAACUGUCCCAAGUUAAACUGUACUGCGCAUGAAGAAAGCACACAUAGUUCCAAUGACACUUCUCACUAGAAGCGCACAAUCUAUAAUCGCAGAUAAGCAGAUAAGUAAAAAUUUUUUACCGGCAUGUUAUAAGGGUUGUGCAACCAUUACAUUUUACAAGUCAACCAAUCAUUCAAAAAAGUAGUUUUACGGAUUCUAAUAAACAACAGCAAAAAACUGUCCAACCCUGUGACAGUUAAAAGCCAUACAGCGGUUAUGAAUGACAUUUCCAGCUUCAGUGUUUCUUUAGGCUAUACAAUUAACAACAAAAAUGUAAAUCAAUCAGUCCAGUAAAUGUGCAAAAUAAUAAAUAUGUGUAUCUUGUUACACUAUUUAAGGAUAUACCAAUCCUUAUAUUGCAUAUAGACAACAUGGUGGCUCAGCUGAAAUGUUUGAUCUUGCUGGUAAUGAGUGCGCAGCAUGGAAGCUCGUGUCCUUCAGCAGAGAGGUGUCCUUCCUUGGCUAGAUAAUACAAUGUCUACAGCAGUGACUGAGGGAUAUUCCCAAGUUGGUAAUGAACUGCCACAUUCGACUGUGGUAUUGUAAAUGCCACUUCAGUAGUGCCUGAAAAUAUUCAUCCGUGCUUUUUGGCCAUUCCUAUAUAUAUAUAUAUAUAUAAUAUGAAAUUUGAACGCGGCAGUUCAUAAAUUUCAUAAGCUAUUAAUACAGGGUGAUUCAAACUAUGUUAACACUUUACUGGUAUCAUUUUUCUUUACAGUUUUCUGUUGUGGGUUUUUGAAGCAUUCAGGUUACAUUUUACAGUCCAAAAUCAGUAACUUACCCUACUUGUUUUAUGAUGUUACUGUGUUUCUGCUACACAAUUUCAGUGUUUUAAUGUCAUAUACUAAGUGUUAAUUUUUUUUUAAAUCACCCUGUAUGAACAGAUGGAUAAAACUCAUGAGUCCCAAGGCAAGAAAAAAACGAAAAUGAUGCUGUAAUAUAGCAUAAAUUCGCAUAACUUAGAUUUGAAUAUAAUAAUGCAAUAUUUGAUGUUGAAUAUUAUAUGAAUUUAUUAUUAAGGUAUUAUGAAUUUGUAUUGGAACAGAACUUCUAUCUUCCAUCCACUAUUUUUUGCAGUCUUUUUUUUUUUUUUUUUUUUUUUUUUUUUUUACUUGUAUAUACUGUAAUGGGGCGCACGGUGGCUUAGUGGUUAGCACAUUCGCCUCACACCUCCAGGGUCCGGGGUUCGAUUCCCACCGUGUGUGUGCGGAGUUUGCAUGUUCUCCCCGUGCUGUGGGGGUUUCCUCCGGGUACUCCGGUUUCCUUCCCCAGUCCAAAGACAUGCAUGAUAGGCUGAUUGGCAUGUCCAAAGUGUCCGUAGUGUAUGAAUGGGUGUGUGAAUGUGUAUGUGAUUGUGCCCUGCAAUGGAUUGGCACCCUGUCCAGGGUGUACCCCGCCUUGUGCCCGAUGCUUCCUGGGAUAGGCUCCAGGUUCCCCCGCGACCCUGAAAAGGAGUAAGCGUUUGAAGAUGGAUGGAUGGAUGGAUAAUGUAAUAGGAAAAUAGAAUUCAGGGAACUUUUAAGAAAUUAUUUUUUCAUUUUAUAACCCAACCCUGACCAGGAUGAAUGGAAGUAUUUUAUUACUUUACAGACACAUGUUAACUUUAUUGUAAAAUCAAUAUUGUAAUCUAGUGAUGUAUGUUUCUCUGCAUUUUACACUUUGCAUUAUGUAAAAUAAUGAAAAUGUUAGUUAAUGCAUAUGUGAUGAACAAUAGUUUUUUAAAUAGUGUUUAUUUUAAAUUAUUAAUAACAACUACUAUUGUUAAGCUUUUUUCUACAUUUAACAUUUAGUAUGAAUUAUGGCAAUGAUAUAAUUAUGGCAAUGUACCAGUGUAAAUAUGGAACAUAUUUUAAAAUGUAUUCUGUUUGAAAAUACUGCUGUAAAUUAUAAAGCUGAUAUAUUUAUGAAGCUUGAGGUUAUUAGUAAUGGCUCAUGAAAAUGUGGAAAAAGCAUAAUAGGUUAUAGCACUGUGCGAGGGCAAUGUGAACAAGUAAUAAUAAUAUAGUAAGAAUCAUAAGUAAGUAAGAAUAAUACGAACAAGCAAUGUGUCUCGUUCUUACCAUUAAACAAGCUCAGAAAAUCAAUGUCUCGUUAUUGAAAAAUGACUUUUUUAAUUAUCAGAAGGAAAUAUAUAAUUUUAUUUAUUUAUUUAUUUAUCAAAAAAACCUGCUGUUAUUUAACAUAGCAAGGAGUCUCCAGUGUCAGUGCUUUGUAUCAGUAAGUUUUCUGCCACAGGAAACUCUUCAGGAAGGAAGAGUUUACACUUAUUGGUUUCUUCGUAACAUGACAAGAUGUGUUUUUUUUUCUCAUUAACUUAAAGAGAAUGAAAAAAGAGAGGGUGGUGAAAGUACGACAUGAAGUGACAUUAAGUGUAACUAUAAACAGUUAAAAAUUACAACACAUUCACAUGAAAAUGAAUCACAUGAAAAUGAAUCACAUGUAAAUGAAUCACAUGUAAAUGUAUCAUGUGAAAAUGAAUAAAUGAAUUAAAAUACAAAAAUUACAACAUGCCACGCAUUAAUUAAUAAAGCAUCAAUAGUGUUGGCAAAUUGCUGUGGUAUAAGAGUGAAAAAACAACAACAACAACAACAAUUUACAGAAAAAUAAUCAGUUUCAGGGUGGCAACAGUAACUAUUGUUAUAUCUCGAUUGUCUUCCUAUAACGGCACAUCCCCAAGUAUUCUCUUCCUUAUUUAUUAUAUUAUAACCAUGGUAUGAAAUCAUUACACUUCAGACUCACUGACGUUAGCGAAGAUGGAAGGUGACGUGACGAGACGAAAGAAACAUUCAGUUGUUCGUUUCUUGAACCUUUUACGUGCUAAGCAUGCUGGUAUGUGAGCUGCACAGUAUUGUGAAACCCUUGCAUUUCCCGUAGAGGGAUUUUCCAGAGCAUGAGCUACUGAAUAAAGUAUAAACCACAUUUUCUCCACUAUCAGUGGCAUUUACACACACAUUGUGCAGUGAAAGGAUAAAGAAUGUGGAGACAGCUCAUUGCUGUGGAAAGGGGAAAGCCUGAGAGUAAGACGUGAGCUAUAGAGGAGUAGUGUAUAUUAAUUAUGCUCCUGAAGUACUGCUGAAAUCACAAACAC